AUGGAAACUAUCGACCCCGCUACAGGUAAACCUCUACCAACCGACGCCCUCCAACGAAUCCUCUUCAUCGCAACCUCAGUUCACAUCUACAACAUCCCACCGCUCACCUCCAACAAAGGCUACGUAGCCUCCACCUGGACAGCAGACAACAACAAACGGCAAAUCUUCACUGCACGAAUUCGCAUUCUGGAAACCGCAAUCCCAGAUAAAAAUGGCGAGGAUAAAGUCAAAGCAGACAUAUUACUAGAAGAUCCAAGCAAUGGACAAUUAUUCGCCGCGGCUCCAUACACGGUAACAGAAGUGGUAGAACAGGUAUUGGACAGUUCGCGAUUUUUCGCAGUGAGAGUCCAGGGUGAAGGAGGAAGGAAAGCGGUCCUCGGAAUAGGAUUUGAGGAGAGAUCGGAAGCGUUUGAUUUUAGUGUGGCGUUGCAAGAAGUGAGGAAGACGUUAGGGAUAGAGGAGCAAGGAGGAGGAGGAAAACCUAUAGCUGCGGGGAUGAAGAAGGAAUCCGAGAAAUCGGAGGUGAAGAGGGACUUUAGUUUGAAGGAGGGUGAGACGAUUACGGUUAAUAUUGGAGGGAGGGGUGCAGGGAGGAGGACUCCGAGGAAGAGUGAGGAGUCUGAGAGAGGGUUGGGUGGGUUUUCUUUGCCGCCUCCGCCGGUUGGUGCGAGCAUGGGGUCGUUUUUACCACCGCCGCCUAGUGCCCAGGAAGUUAAGGCUCAGAAAAGAUUAAGUCAGAAUAAUAUGGAAGCUCCUUCAUUACCGGAACCAUCAGCUGAGGAGCUAGGAUUUGAUGAUGGGGAGUUUGGAGAAUUUCAAUAG